AUGCGCAUCGCUGCCCUUAUUGUCGUUCUCGUCACCGUAGCAGGUAUGACUGGCCGUACAGCCGAUGAGGUUGAGCCUAUUGGACAGUACUGUGAGAACUCGUGUGCGCAGACUGUGGGUUGCACUGAGUCCUACUGUAAGGAUAAUGGUGUCUGCUUCGGCCUUUACCAUAAGGAUGAGGGUAAAUGCUUCCAGCCAGCCUCUGACUACUACGCUGAUUGCGACGACUCUGUUCUACAACCCGUUCUCUGUCACGAGUAUCCUGACACAACUUGUCAGGAAGUAUGCGAUGGUAUGGUUGGUUGUAAGGAUUCUUCCUGGGGAUCAUACUGUAAGUUUUGGCAGGACCCUCCAGUGUGUUUUGGCAUCAUCGUCAAGGAGGAUGGCAGCCUCUGUCACGCCAGUGGCGACGAGGAAUGUGCCGGAGAGCCCUACCCAUGUCAUAUGGUGACCGUUGGUCCUACUCCCGUGACUACCGAAUAUCCUAUAUCGAAUACCACUGAGGCUGUUGAUACCACUGAGGCUGUUGAUACCACUGAGUAUGUUGAUACCACUGAGUAUGUUGAUACCACUGAGUAUGUUGAUACCACUGAGUAUGUUGAUACCACUGAGUAUGUUGAUACCACUGAGUAUGUUGAUACCACUGAGGCUGUUGAUACCACUGAGUAUGUUGACACCACUGAGGUUGUCGACACCUCUGAGGCUGUUGAUACUACUGCUCCUCAUAAUACUACCGUUCCAACCGAUGGUAUCGUCGGAACGUGGUGCGGUGAUUCGCCGUUUGGAUAUUUGGAGCUGUUAUUCGAUACUUAUUCAGUCUCUAUCUACUUGGCUGGUCAGUACUUCCACUCUGAAUAUAAUUUGAACGAGAGGGAAGUAAUUCUGGUCAAUCCUGAUAAUAGUUUAAUCACCUUCUUGAAUGAGAGAAAUACUAGAAUGAUUACUGAGUACUACACCUACGAGGUGUAUAUCGAAUUCGUCGAGGUGACAACUGUCGUCGCUGUGAAGUGUUCCUAA